AUGAAAUACAUCUUACAGACAUGCGUUUUGUGCGUUUGCGUAUGUGGACAGGAAGUGCUUGGAUACGCAUCAAAUAGACAGCAUCAAUCGUUCCUGGACGAUAUUUUUGGAGAUAUAGCUAUCAGUGAUCAGGCUGAGGAAUAUCGGAAUCAGCAGAUCGAGAUGGGCGAGUUAGCAGAUACCAUGCAAACACUUGACAGAGAUUCAUCUUUGAUGUUCAGAACAAACAAGUUGCACUUUCCAGAUGACGACGAUCUUUCCGACUUCUCCAAGUAUGUCCCUCUCUACUCAGGCAUCGUGACAUUCGCACACUUACCUCAAGAAGAGUGUUUUACGAAUACGGAUUCGACACUUGAUAUUGCCAUUGUUGGAGCACCAUUUGACUCGGGUGUUUCGUAUAGCCCAGGAACCCGGUUUGGUCCAAACGGUGUUAGACAGGGUUCUAGAAGACUAGGAUACGGCCUUACACCUAUUAGAGGAAACAGCGCAGACUCUAAGCUCCGUCAUAUAGAUCCUUAUGGAGAAGGUCUAAGGAUUGUGGAUUGUGGAGAUGUUCCAAUGACACCGUUUGAUGCUCGAAUAUCAUUGAAUCAACUUUAUAGAGGUGAAAGAGCCAUCCACAAGCAUGACACGGCCUUAAAAUCCACACAUUACAAAAAAACUCGAGUGAUUACCCUUGGAGGUGACCAUACAAUCACCUUAAUGAACCUCAGAUCUGCAUUCGAAACUUAUGGGAAUGAAAGUUUAGCUGUGGUUCAUUUUGACGCCCAUAUCGACACCUGGGACCCCGAAGUAGUUGGUGGUAAUGUCUCCAAGUAUGCCAGCAUAAAUCAUGGAACGUUUCUACAUUAUGCAAGCGAAUUGGGAUAUGUGUCCAAAGGCCAUUCUGUUCAUGUGGGUACCCGUGCUCCCUAUAUUACCUUAGAAUCUAAACAUCACGAUAAAGAAUGCGGCUUCAAGACGAUAACAUCCAAAGAUGUCGACAUUUUGACCAGUAGAGGUGUUGGCAGAAAGAUUAAGGAAAUUGUGGGUGACCGGAAAGUUUAUUUAACCUUCGAUUUGGACACUUUCGACAUUGGCUACAUCAAUUCCGGUACGUUGGAAGCAGGGGGAUUGACCCCGAGAGAGGUUCUGACUAUACUAGAUGAAUUGGAAGGAAUUGAUCUAGUCGGCUGUGACAUUGUUGAAGUGAGCACGCCUCCAAAUAGCUACGACGGAGAUAAUACAGGUCUUCUUGCCGCCCAGGUAAUCGAUUCCUUACUAGGACUUAUGGUCGUCACCGAAGUAUAG